AUGACUGUCUCCAUCUUAUGCAAGGCAGGUAAGAAAAACGUGCUCCUGAUGAAAGAUGAUAAUAGCCGGGAUGGGCACGUGGAAAACACGCAUGGGAUCCCAAAAAAGGGAAAGAAGAAAAGGGGACCAGGCCCCCGGAUCAAAACCCUUUUUUUCUUGUGGUUUCCAGAAGGUAGUGAAAGACAGGCAAUAAGUCUGGUGUCAACAAUGCUUCUUUGGACAACCGCAUUUCUUGCCAGCCUGGUGGCUGCGCAGACAUACCCCCCUGAUGUUGUCGAUCAACUUGCUGCCGCUAGUCUGCCAAAGGUGAAGGAGUGGCUGGCAAAGAAUCCCCAGGGCAACUGCACUUUGGAGACGGCGGUGAGGAGAAAGGAAUGGAUGGAUUUGACCCUCGCCCAGAGAAAGGAGUACACCAAUGCUGUCCUCUGUUUGAUGUCCAAGCCAGCCUUAACCUCCUCUGCCGCCCCCGGAGCAAAGAGCCGGUUCGAUGAUUACAUCGUCGUCCACGUCCAGCAGACGCCGAGAAACCACGGAUCCGUACGAGUCUAUACUUCUAAUACAUAUCCUGUGCUCAUCUCUAACCCGUACGCAGACCUUCUUCUUACCCUGGCACCGCUAUUACGUAUGGCACUACGAGCAAGCCCUUCGCAACGAGUGUGGAUACAAGGGAUAUCAACCGACCCUGCCAACUCCCCUCUCUUCGACGGUUCUGAAGGCAGCAUGGGAGGCAACGGCGCCAAAGCCAGCUACAAUGGCAUCAUGAUCCCAGGGCCAUAUGACCGCAUUCCCCCAGCCGACGGAGGUGGUUGUGUCACAACUGGGCCUUUCAAGAAUAUGACCGUCAAUUUAGGACCAAUUGCCCCUAUCUUACAGCUGACACGCAACCCCCGUGCUGAUGGGCUCGGCUACAAUCCUAGAUGUCUGCGCCGCGACAUCAAUAAGAACUCAGCUGCUGUAACAUCCGCAAAGGACGUUUACGACGUCAUCACCAAGAACAACGAUGCUCAUUGGUUCCAGACAGUGAUGGAGGGUCAAUUUCCUCAAGGGAAAUGGGGAAUCCAUGCUGGGGGGCACUACACUGUCGGGGGGGAUCCCGGAGGGGACUUCUAUACCAGCCCGGGUGAUCCCGCCUUUUGGCUUCAUCACACCAUGAUUGACCGUGUUUGGUGGAUCUGGCAAAUCCAAAACUUGGAAAAGAGACUCAAAGAGGUCAGUCACACGAGAACCAUGUCAAACUUCCCACCAUCUGCCAACGGGACCCUUGACGACCUGAGCGGGCUGGGUGUUUUGGCGCCCGAUGUCGAGGUGAGGGAGCUGAUGAGCACAAUGGGUGGGUUGAUGGGCAAGUUCUGUUACAUUUAUGAGUAA